CUCACUACUGUUGAAAUAAACUUUAGUUAUUGUUUAUGGUGCUGCACAGUUGUCUUUUCUAUUAUUUGAGGUUGAGUACCGUUUGUUGCAAUUCCUUCAAAAAGACUACCAAAACAGGUGAUGGAAACAAAAUAUGUUUAAAAUGAAGUCCGUAGUGGCUUAUGUUCGUAGUCUUCUAGGUCUGUGCGAAGAUACUCCGCCGAUAAGAACAAGCUUCAAACGCGACAGGGCCGACGAUGAUUUCUCGUCCGACGAUGAAACACCGGCCCUCAAGAGACUCAAACAGUUGAAGAAAACUAAUUUCCCUAGCGUCAUGUCUACAAAUGUCUUUUUAGAUGAUUGGGAAAAAGAGGAGGAAAAACCUAAGAAUGUAAGAUAUGUGCCAAUACAGUUAGAGGGCCGGCCAAGCACAUCUACACCAAAUGAGCCUCGCAAGUCACGAGUGAGGACUGUGCCAAUCCAACUUGUGGGUGUAACAGAGAAUGGGCCCGCAACCCCCACAAGGAAGCCCCGCAUGCAUACUCCAGUAAGACCUGUAGUGCAUGCGGUGUUAGAUGAUGACAAUGAUGAACCAGAAGUAACGUGGGUGGAAACAAAACCAGACCAACCAAUCAAGAAACCGACUAGGGUUUACAUAGAUUUAGAUGCUGAGGACAGUGAGCAAAACCAAGAUAAUGAUGUUAUCAUAGUGAAGAAAGUCACCACCCCGCCACCAACCAAACCAUACCAGUACUUCCUUGCCAAAAGUAGCCAAAACUCUGCAGACUCCUCAGAAACUUCAGAACCUGUAUACCUUAAAUUAAGCAGAAGGUCCAACGAUAGAAGCAUGUUGAACCUGUCUCCUAGAUCAUUCACAAAGUUUAAGGCACCUCCUGGCAUUACCAAGUCUUACAAAAAACCGCCAACCCCUCUACCAAGAUGGAUGCAAUCCACUAAACCCACAUCUUCAACACUCUCGUCAAUUUCAAGAAAUAGAUUUUUAGGUGUAAAUGGUAACUGUAGGACAACACUAUCAGAAGUGUUCAAUUUGGACGAAAAAAGAAAUUAUCAGGAACUGAUUCGGCGAGUAGCAGGUUCAAUGAAACCCAAUACUAAGUCUAUGGAACACAUUAAUCUGGUAGAUGAUGCAGCAUCAUUCAGGUUGACGCGAAAAUCCCAGAAAAGCGCGCUAAACGAAAUAAAACUCGUAGAGAGUGAUCUGCUUGCUGAGAAAGAAAAUGAUGCAUCAAAAGAAUAUGAUCCUAUUACAGUAGCUUCCAUAAACUCUUCAGAUUCUGAAGUAGAAAUAGUUCCGUCAGAGUCAUCCACAACAUCUUCAAUGAAGAUUGACCCCGUGAAUACAUUGAAAGACUCAUACAGAGAUAAGGAGGUCACUUCUACAAACUGGUUGUCCAAAUUAGAUUCUAAGUAUAGAAAAAAACUGCAAGAGACUCAGGAGCUGCUUAAAGAUGCUAGACGAGAGUCAGAUAUCAUAUCAAAAGUGAAUAGUGAACAAAAGAUAGCUCAUUUAGAGCACAAGCUUAAGUAUGAGCUCAGCAUACCGGAGAGUAUCUAUGAGGAGCCGCAGCCCACUGUGGAGCUGCCGCCGCUCACGCCCGAGCAGGAGAAACUCGUCAACAGGGCUCUGGGGCCCGGCCCUCCCGGCCAGCUGCUGGUCGAGAAGUUUAAUUUAAGAAUACACAGGCGGGACCUGCAAACCCUGUCAGGUCUAAACUGGCUGAAUGAUGAAGUGAUAAACUUCUACAUGAACCUGUUAAUGCAGAGAAGUGAGGAGCGGAAAGACUUACCGAAGGUGUACUGCACAAAUACAUUCUUCUACCCCAAGCUCAUGCAGAGUGGGCAGGCUGGACUAAGAAGGUGGACGAGAAAGGUGGAUAUCUUUGCGCACGACCUGAUGGUGGUCCCUGUGCACCUGGGCGUGCACUGGUGCCUGAGCCUGGUGGACUUCCGCAACAAGAAGAUCAACUACCUCGACAGCAUGGGCGGCCGCAACCAGGCCUGUCUGGACGCGCUGCUGCAGUAUCUGCGCGACGAACACCAGGACAAGAAGGCCGCGCCUUUCGACGACAGCGGCUGGAAGACUGAGUGUCUCAAGGACAUCCCGCAGCAGAUGAACGGCAGCGACUGCGGCAUGUUCGCGUGCACGUUCGCGGAGUUCUCGUGUCGCGGCGCGGGCUACAGCUUCUCGCAGGCGCACAUGCCCUACCUGCGCCGCAAGGCCGCGCUCGAGAUCCUCGCCGGCCGCCUGCUGCUGUAGCCUGCUGUGGCCUGCUGUGGCCUGCUGUGGCCUGCUGUGGCCUGCUGCAGCCUGCUGUAGCCUGCUCCGGGCCCAGCUCGGCACAUAACGAUGGUACUGCACUUAUCAGCACACGGUAUGUUACAACCUAAUAAGAGUAUAAUGAUCAGCUCUGUCUGUAAGUUAGCUAGCUAAGAGUACUAGCAGGCGCACUAAAGUGAUGCACAUUAUUCUAGAGUCAAAAUAUAAUUGGAUAAGGAAUAAUGAUGGUGUCAUCCCAGGAAGAAACAAAUACUCUAUCCAAUACUGGAAAGUUAUUUGUGAGUGAAAUCUAUAGAGAAGAAAUCUCAAUACUUCCAUUGAAUUAAAACUUGUCUCUUCAUUGUAAAGAAUAUAGAUUAGCAUUUGAUAACAAUCAAAUAUAACAGAAUGUUAAUAAAACAUAGAUUUCACGAGUCUGUAAAUUUUCACAAAAGUAGAUAAAGUAAUUAUUAAAUAAUAUAAAGAUCGUUAAAAUAAAUACUUCACUAACUGUUAUGGAGAGUUUUAACGAGUAACCGACAUAUUGUCUGGUCUAAGUCUGAGAUGAUUGUUUAUAUAUGUAGGUAUGAAAGAAACUGGUUUAUCUUAAUUUAAGACAUUUCACGUGACAUCCUUCUUGUGCGUUUACGCGUAGCUUUCAUUUAUACUUAAAAGAGUAAAAAUAAAAUUGUAAAGAUGUAAAGAUAAUUGAUGUUUGUAUACGAGCAAUAUUUGGAUUGUAAAUCAUCAAAUUAUAUGUACGGGGACCUCGACCGGCCUUGCAGUAGUUAACUAGUCAGUCGAAGUAUUAAAUAUAUAUUGAGACAUUGGCCCGAAUUUCUUCUAUGCCAUAAAAUGAAGAUUAUUAACGUCACAGCUUCAAGAUGAAUAAAUAGUAUUCACCAGCGAAAAGAUAAUUUGUGAAUAAUUAACAUUAAUAAGUAUAUAUUAAACUCCUUAUUGAGAUAUUAAGCUUCGCGUAAACGUAAUAUAUUCACACUUUGUAUAUAAAAUAUUUCAUUCCCACUUGUUCUAAGAAUCAAAAAUAUGGAUUAUCUUGACAGAUCGUACUCAAAUUGUAACGGUCAGUUUCGAAAGCUACUAUUUAUAUAAUAAAAAAAAACAAAUUCCAAUUGAAGUACUGUUUAUGUAUGGUGGAUAACAAAUAAUUAAAUUUUCUCAUAGUUCUACUAUUGUAAAAAUAAGAUCGAUAAUAUAAUGAUUAAUGCCCAAUAUGGAUCAAAGUAACUGUUAUUUUUUAAUUCUGAUAUUAUUAAGAAAAACUUCUUUGAUUUGAUUGCUAUAUAAGGCGUUACACCUAUUUUCUUAUUUGAAAUCGUACACCUAAACUGUACUUACAUUAUUAAUACAAAGUACUCAAAGUCAGUCAAAUAGACAAUACGUACUUGUCAGGUUUCUCAUGAUAAUAUUUUAGCGUUAUCUAAUGAUCCAUGACAAAAACAAAGAAAAUCCACUGGAACAAAGGCUAUCUUAUAAUUAUUUGUGAUAAAAUGUAUAAUUGGAUGACUCUGAUGUGACGAAUGUAUGUGGAUGAAUAGAAGUAGCAUAUAGAAAAUAAGAUAGUUAAUAAUGUAUUCUGUGUUCUAAAUGAUUUUUCAUAGUUUAGAGAGGUACUACUUCGCGCGUUAGACCUGAUUUACCUGUAUUCGUCAAAGACGGGAUAUUGUAAUUAAGGGCGCAACUGUCUAAAUAGGGUGUUUUUGACUAUAAAUCCAAUUAGGCUCUCAGAUAAAUUUGUCAAAAAUGUUGAAUACGUUAUUAUAAAAAAAACACAUACGUUUGACCAUCCUUAGUGCGUUUAAUCCUAGUAAUAUUUAUUUAUUUGAUACUAUAAAUAGCUGCCUGAUAAAUUUGAAAAUAUUGGAUACAGAGUCCAAUAUUAGCAAAUGCAACUGGCGGAACUAAUUAAAUUGUAUUAGUCCAAUACCCUAUUACAAAGUAAAUCUAGUUUAAUCGAACACUACUUCGCUGGCGCUGUUUAUAACAAAGCUGACAACAAUUGUAAUAUCAAUUGGUCCAGUUAGCAGAGUAUACAUAAUAUUAGUUGUACAUUUUUCAUUCCUAAAGCUUUUACUUAUAAUUUGUGCUUAAUUUCGUAUGUAUCGAACUCGCGUUUGUAUUUAUGGUGAUGAUUGAUAGAUUUUCUCUGUUUGUGUCAUGGAAAUCGGCCGUUAGUCCUAGCAAUAAGUAUCUCUCUGUAUUAUAAAAAAAAUGUAAGUUAAACUAACUUAAUUCAUAUAAUUAUAAAUUAGACAUUUUGUUUUGCCUGUAAAGGUUAUCCGAAGUUUUUCAAGUGACGGAAUAAUAAAUAAAAGAAUUUAAAAUC